AUGAACCGACACGUCCUCGAAAAGGGCCAUUCUGCCUACCCCAUCGGUUCUGCAUUCAAGAUCUCGCCUAAUAGAUUCCAGCCCCGGUCGCAACCUGCACUACGAUACCGCCGACACCUCUUCCAGCGCCUGUGCCUGCUUGGCGGCAUCUCCCUGAUCCUCCUCCUCCUUAUCUUCCCUUCCUGGCGCGCCGCCGUCCUCCCCACCCUCUCCUUUGGCCUGCUUGCCUCCCCCAACGAUCUCCACCUCCAGACAGUCCGCUAUUAUGACCUCUCCGAAGUCCAAGGCACCGAGAAGGGAUGGGAGCGCGGAGAGCGCGUCCUGAUGUGCACUCCAUUGCGCGACGCUUCGUCGCAUCUCCCAAUGUUCUUCUCGCACCUCAGGAACCUGACCUACCCGCACGAACUGAUCGACCUGGCUUUCUUGGUUUCCGACUCGCGCGACGACACCCUGAGCAUGCUAUCGCACAUGCUGGAGGACAUACAGAAUGACCCCAACCCGAAAAUGCCAUUCGGAGAGAUCUCAGUGAUCCAGAAAGAUUUUGGCCAGAAAGUCCAGCAGGACGUGGAAAGUCGGCACGGGUUCGAGGCUCAGGCUAAUCGGCGAAAGCUCAUGGCCCAGGCCAGGAACUGGCUGCUGAGUGCCACGCUACGCCCAACACACAGCUGGGUCUACUGGAGAGACGCGGAUGUGGAAACCGCGCCUUUUACAAUCAUUGAGGAUCUUAUGCGGCACAACAAGGAUGUGACCGUGCCGAAUGUCUGGCGACCACUUCCAGAUUGGCUCGGCGGAGAACAACCCUACGAUCUGAACUCAUGGCAGGAAUCCGAGACCGCGCUGGCGCUUGCGGAUACCCUUGACGAAGAUGCGGUCAUUGUGGAAGGAUAUGCUGAAUAUGCAACUUGGAGGCCUCAUCUCGCCUAUCUCCGGGACCCGUAUGGGGAUCCUGAUAUGGAGAUGGAGCUGGAUGGAAUCGGUGGCGUCAGUAUUCUGGCCAAAGCCCGUGUGUUCCGCGCCGGCGUACACUUCCCGGCCUUCAGUUUCGAGAAGCAUGCCGAAACAGAAGGGUUCGGCAAGAUGGCGAGACGGAUGAAGUUCUCGGUUGUUGGCCUGCCACACUACACAAUUUGGCAUCUUUAUGAGCCCAGCGUUGAUGAUUUACGACACAUGGAAGAGAUGGAGCAGGAGCGCCUGGCUCGCGAAAAAGAGGAACGAGAGCGAGCUGGAAGCAAGGGAAGCACUCAGCCUCAAACACCUGGCACCGAAGAUGCCAUAGACAGCGAAAAGCUGCAGGGAUCUGCCGAGGGACCAGCUGCUCAUCCUGCGAAAGAUGAGCCUGUCAAGGGCGACUCGAGCGAGGCCGAGAGGGCUGCAAUAAUGGAUCCAGUGAAGGAAUAA